CUUUCCUUAGAUACACCGCAAAACAGCUGCACCAGCGACCAGUGGUGAGGGUCGGAGCACCGGUGUGAAUUUGGGGGGAAACGGACGCAGGGUAAAAUUCCAACCUGGUUGAAGUCUCGCUCUCGGCGAGUGGCGACAAAAUCGACCACCUCGUUCGCUCCAAACCCUAGAUUUAGCUCGAACGAAGCCUAGUGCGUCCUAUAAAUUCCGUGUCCUCUUUUUACUCCCUUCGCUCGGUGAAGAGGCAUCCGGAACUGCGAGAAGGGCAGCAGAAAGAAGGCGAAGAAAGGAAGGGGAAUAAGAAGAGAAACCCUCGUGUUUCGAUCGCUACCGGAAGGAAAACCGUCUGGGCUCGUGGAAGAGGAUAGGCUAAGUGGGAUACCAUGCAGACACCCAAAUCAAGGACUGUAUCUUCAGAAGUUCCUCAAAGAACUUCUCCAGCCACUCCUAGAUCGACUCGUGUAGCCAAGACAGAAGGACAUGAAUCUGACUCUUCCACUUCUGCUCACACUCCUACAAAGACCCCAACUGAAAGAAGUCCUAAGGUUGUUGAGCGCCGGUCACCCAGAAGUCCAGCAACUGAGAGGAAGCGUCCAAGUAGGAUAUCUGAGUUGGAGUCCCAACUCACUCAGCUCCAAGAGGAUUUGAAAAAGACAAAGGAUCAGUUAAGUUCAUCUGAAGCAGGGAAGAAGCGAGCCCAGCAGGAUGCAGAAGAAGCCAAGAGACAGCUACAGGACAUGUCUGCAAAGGUUGAGGAUUCCCAGCACCAGCUUGUUGAGUUCUCUGCAGCAGAAGAAACUCGGCUCCAGGAACUACGCAAAAUUUCACAGGAGCGUGAUCGUGCAUGGCAGUCUGAACUCGAAGCAAUCCAGAAACAGCAGUCUGUGGAUUCCACAGCUUUAGCCUCAGCCAUGGGCGAGAUUCAGAGGUUGAAGCAGCAGCUUGAAAAUGCUGUUAAAUCUGAGGCUGCAGAAGCAAAGAACACUGAAGAAGCUCAUGCUGAGCUUCAGGCCCUGAAGCAAGACAUGGCAGAAACACUUGCUUCCCUUGAGAACCUAAAGAUUCAGCUUAGAGCUGCCGAGAAGUCAGAGGCAGAAGCACAGGCAAUGGUCAGCGAGGCUCAACAUCAACUGCAGAUGGCUAGGACCACUGUUGAGACUCUUAAUUCUGAGGGUUUGAAACUAAGGGAAUCCUUGAGUUCUGUGACCUCUGAGUUAGAAGAAUCCAGGGCUCAAGUUAUUUCAUUAGAGGAAACUGUGAAAAAAUUUCUGGCUGAUAAGCUUGCCGAGGAAGUUGACCACAAUAAACUUGAAAAAUCUGGCUUUGGUUCUUGGGAGUCAGAAGUAGAAAAAUUGCAAUCUGCACUUGAAGCAGCCAAGAUCAAAAACCAGGAAGAAAAUGAUCAAAAUACAAUGCAGAUCCAGUCUGCCUAUGAACAGUUGGAGCGUAUGAAAACUGAUUAUGGACUGAGAGAAGCUGAACUAGAAUCAGUGUUGAAGAAUGCGAGGACGGAGAUUGCUGAGUUGAAGGCAGCUCUUGUUGACAGGGAAUCAGAAGUUCAGAAAUUAGCAGCUGUGAACAAGAAACUGAAUGCAGAAAUAGAGAAAGCUCAGGUAAAUCAAGUGGAUUCUGAGAUGGAGGCUAAAUUAAUGAAGUCCAUUACUGACAUUGCUGAGCUGAAGGCAAACCUCAUGGAUAAAGAGACAGAGCUGCAGAGUAUUUUGGAAGAGAAUGAGACGCUGAAAUCAGAAAUAGGAAAGAAAGAGACAGAGAGCCAUAAGAGUUAUGAAGCAGUGGUUGCUGAGCUUGAGUUAGCAAAAGCUGCAGAGCAGGAGGCGAUGAUGAAGCUUGGAGGUGUUACCGAGGAGGCCGAUAAAAACGGCAGGAGAGCUGCAAGGGCGGCUGAGCAGCUGGAAGCAGCUCAAGCAAUGAAUUCAGAGAUGGAAGCUGAACUGAGGAGGCUGAGGGUGCAGUCAGAUCAAUGGAGGAAGGCAGCGGAAGCAGCGGCAGCUGUUCUUACUACGGGCAACCAUGGGAGUUUCAUGGAGAGGAGCGGCUCAUUGGAUUCGGAGUACAACACUGUUGCUGGGAAGCUGAUGAACUCCCCGUUUUCUGAUGACUUGGAUGACGAGUCACCAAAGAAGAAGGACAAAAAUAUGCUGAAGAAGAUCGGUGGGUUGUGGAAGAAGAGUCCGAAGUAAAAUGACUCAUGACUAUUUAUUUGAUCACCAUGAGAUGUGAUGCUGAGGAAAAGUGCACUGCUUCAAUAUAGGUGAUACAAAAAAGCUCUAGCUCUGAUUUGCUUUUCUUUCAACCUGCUUCAAACUCGUCUUCUUGAUGCUGCUUAAAAAUACCUGUAAAGCUUUAUGUUAUUGUCACUUUUCUCAAGGAACAGAUAGCUCUUGAUUGUCUGUGACAACAGGAACAAGUUCGGUGCUCAGCACCAUCAUUAUUAGAAAUUUCCUCGUUAAUCUCC